AUGCUAAAUCAAGAAGAAUAUGAUAGUUUUGGAAACAUAUUAACUAGAAGUGUUGCAAAAUUUGAACGAACAAUGCAAGCAAGAUUGCAUGCUCAUAUCUUUUUACAAUUUAGUCAUCAACUUACAAUGUUUAGUGUAAAAAAACUAUUAAAAGAUGAAAAAAUUUCAUUUCCACCAGGUGUUUUAUUACGUGGAACUUCUCAAGAUGCUGAAAAUUAUAUUCAUCAUAAUUCAAAUAAAGGAAAAUAUUGUCAAUGUAAUUUUUUUAAAUUAGAUGAAUUGGGCAAAUGUAAAUUGUGCAAUAACAAAUGUUGUAAAGAAAGAAGAACAGAACAAUUAGAUAAAUUAGAUUCUGGUCCAUUUAUUUUUGGAAAACAUCGAUUUAUGGUUGGCAGUUUAGAUGAGGUUAUUGACAAAAUAAAUAAUGCUAGACUUGAUGAUAUUAAUAGAAAAACAAAAUUACGUGAUGAAUCUAUAAGUUAUUACCAAGCAAUACAGAAUCCUGAAGACAUACCAUUAUCGUGGUAUGAUAACCCAAGAUCUCAUAAAUUGAUAACAAAAGAUCGAGAAUUAUUAAAAAAUAAUAUUAAAUUUAUAUAUCAUAAAAAACACUAUCCUAAGAAUUUUUUAUUUUAUGCUAGAGAUAAUCGAUAUAUUAAUGAAUAUUACAAUCAAGAAUGUACAUAUACUCAAGAAUUCAAAUUUGAUUCAUGGGAUGUUGAGGACUUCUUAAAAUUAACUGAGAAAGACAGAUGCUCAAUUAGUCGAAAAAAACUACCUCCUGUAAAUGUAGUGGCAAAAUUUAAUGUGAUUACAUCUCAAGAUUCUUUUGUUACUACUUUUAAUCGUAGAAUUAGUUUUGAAAAGUUGAAAGCUAUUUACAGAAGGUUUUCAAAAUCAAAAUCUUAUACACAUGGAUAUAUUAUUAACUUGAAAGGAGAUUUUCAUGAUGGACGAGUAAAAUUUAUAAUUGAAACUAUCAAAGAAUACCAAUCUGGAGAUAUACAAUUAUUUAUCAAUGGAGGCAUAAUUUGUGAUAUAAAUUAUGAGAAAAAUAGUUUUUGGGUAUAUAAUGAAUAUUGGGAAACUGAUUUACCUGAUAAUAUUAUAAUUCCUAAAAACAUUAAUGUCUUACAUAAAAAGUUACAAGAAAAGAUUAAAAUUCAUCCAAAAUAUCAAUCAG